AUGCUAUACAACAAUAUCCGAUAUGGAAAACCUGAUUCGGAAUACUUACUUGGUCAACCUGCAACUGAUGUGACCCGAGACUAUUCUUCUUCUUUACUUUUUAUACUCUCCACAGAGUUUUUCUUGAUCCCAUCAGCAAUUGGCAACCUCCUGAGAUCUUGGUUGCAAUCCAUGGCAAGCUUUCUCAACUCUGAGGUUCCACCUCCAUUUUUUCUCUCUUCUAAUGAUGGCCUCUCUUCAGCUUACCCAAGAAACCCGUAUUUCAGUACGGCCAAAAAUGUUGUGCAAUCCUCUGGCGACGGUGACAAGAAAUCCUCUGGCGACGGCGAAUCAACCAUUGGAGGCAAAGCGACGGUGCGGUUCUCGAGUUCAGACUCAGAAGCAGAGGAUGUGAGUGGGAGAAUAUCAGCGGACGGCGAUAUGUGGGCCAUAGAAAAGACCAGGGAGGAGAAGUUGAACGCCGUCGAGAAAAACAGAGGACGGAGGACGGAGAUGGCACUUUCAAGCUCCUCCGAUGGGAAGGAAAAAGGGAGCAAGAGAGCGACGACAAUGAAGACGGUGAGACAAAGUGAAGAAUCGAUCGCCAUUGUUGUUGCAGCGAAAGAUGAAGCAGUUACGAUUCAGUUACAGAAUGAUAUAAACUCCCACCGAAAUGCUUUUUAUUGUUUGGGCUUGAGGAUGUCUAACAUUAAUGGGCUUAUCAAAAAUCAAUUUGGUAGAGGCCCAUAUUAUUUAGAAGAAGACGACGAUGAAGAAAUCGAAUCGAAACAUUCGCUUGCCUAUCCAUCAGAUUUCCAGUGCGAUCCUUUCUUUCCUUCUCUCUCAGAUUACCCUUACAGAAUUCUUCGUCGUAGUAACUUGUAUCCCUUUCAUAUGGGGAAGCUUGACAUUUACCUACCUAGUAGCUCUCUCCGUUUUCUUGAUUUGCAUAGUAUUAUGCAGGCGGCAGAUGAGGAAGCUGUUGAUCAGAAAAAGUACCUUGAGCAAUCCUGCAAACCAAAAUGUGUGAAGCCACUACUUGAUUAUCAGGCGUGUGUCAAGAGGAUCCAAGAUGAUGAGUCAGGCCACAAACAUUGCACUGGCCAAUAUUUUGAUUACUGGCACUGUGUUGACAAAUGUGUUGGACCUAAGCUCCUUGCAAAACUAAACUGA